AUGCAUCCCACUGGAUAUGAAGCACAAGUUGCUGAACACUUGGGUGGUAUUCGUACAGUAUCUGAAGGCCGUGGAUCACAAUUGCUAGUUGGAUCCACCCGCAACUGCAUUUUGAUUGGUUCUUUGUCGAUGGGCUUCAGCCCUGCUGUCCUGGGCCACACCGAUGAACUCUGGGCGUUAUGUCCUCAUCCCACAUUAGCUCAAUUUCUCACAGCCGGAUUCGAUCGCAUUGUCCAGCUUUGGGAUUCGUUAUCUCGCUCUGUCGUAUGGAGUAAAGACAUUGCAGAACAAGCACAGUCGGCUGCAUUCUCUAGCGAUGGUAGAAUAAUCAUUGUUGGUUGUGUAUCUGGAAAAUGGAUUGUCAUGAAUUCGGAAACACGAGAAAUCUAUUCGACUCACAUUGACGGAAACGAGCCAAUACAGGUUGCGAAAUUCUCGCCAGACGGCCAACUACUUGCUCUUGGUUCCAGGGACAAUUAUAUCUACAUAUAUCAGGUCACAGAUGGUGCCAGACAUUACACUCGUUUAGGACGCUGCACUGGACAUUCAAGCUUCAUCACUCAUUUGGAUUGGUCAAAGGAUAACGCUAGCACUGCGAAUGAAACUGAUUCGUACCCGUCAAACCACCUUCAGUCGCUAUGCCACGUGUAUGGAGGCCACAGCAGUCAUGUGACAAACGUGACUUUCUUGCACGACGACUCCAGACUGAUAUCGAUUGGUGGCAAAGACACCAGCGUCCUACAAUGGGAAAUCAUAUAA